AAAGUGUCAUUGAACAAAACGUACAUGUCUUGUGUUGGUCAUUGCAGUCUGGCCGUGGAGUUCAGUGGAUUUGAAGAUGAAGAAAGUGGGAUUGGCGGUUGUGUAUUUAGCAUAAUAACCGAGGACCAAACAACAAUAAUAAUGCCUGUUCAGCCUACGACAAAUCAAAACAAAAUUGAAGUCAAUUACUUGACACUGCAACAUGGUGAACGAUACAAAGUUAUCGUUGCUUGUGAUAAUACAGUGGGGCAGCGAAGUUUGGACGUUUCUUCGCCACCAAUACGGAUUGAUAACACCCCACCAGGAAAGGGUUUUGUUAUCAUAAGUCCUGACCGAAAUCACGAUGUUAGACGUGGACAUGUUGGCUGUCACUUUAUUAAUACGACGUUACGGAUUUAUUGGUCUCGUUUCUAUGACGAAGAAUCGAACAUCGCCGGAUUUCGUGUCAGCAUUAGACGAAAACCACGUGGAAGUGACGUCAUUCCUUAUACAUACUUUGGCAUUACCUCAGAAGCCAGAUUUCAUCUUCACGAAAAUUAUGGCCUGUCUCUGGGACAAACAAUCUUUGCAACGGUGGAAGCAACAAAUAAGGCGGGCCUUUCAAUUGAGGCAACGUCUCCUCUCACUCGACUUAUUUCCCUUACAGACAGUAACCUUGUUAACGAGCAGGAUUUCUUAUGCGUUAAUUUUUGAAUACAUCUAGUAUAAGGUCUUGAAUCAGAAAGCAUCCCGCUUGAAAGACCGUUAGAGGUUGUUUCAGUUGUUUUAUUUUGUCCAUAAAAAGUAGAUUUUUUUUCU